GCGUCGUCAUCGCGGGCCCGUGCAGAUGGCGGCGGCGCGGGGCGUCUGAGCGGGCGGGGGCCAUGACCACCGCCCGGCCCCAGUUCAGCAUCGAUGACGCCUUCGAGCUGACCCUGGAGGACACGGGGCCCGGGCCGGAGUCCGGCGGGGUCUCCCGCUUUGGGCCGCUGCACUUCGAGCGCCGGCCCCGGUUCGAAGUGGCUGACGAAGACAAGCCCUCGGGACUGCGCUACCAGAAUCUGGAGAAUGAUGAGGAUGGAGCACAGGCGUCUCCAGAGCCAGAUGGGGGAAUCAGCACCAGGGAUUCUGGGCGAAUAUCUAUGCGCAGCUCCCAGUGGUCCUUUAGCACCAUCAGCAAUACCACCCAGCGCUCCUACCAUGCCUGCUGCAGUGCUCAUCCUGGUCGGCGUGGGACUGGAAGUGGCCCCCUCUCCAGGUGUCUCCAGCGCCAUCUUCUUCGUGCCGGGCUUCCUGCUGCUGGUCCCGGGAGUGUACCACGUGAUCUUCAUCUACUGCGCCGUCCGGGGCCGCCGGGGCUUCCACUUCUUCUACCUGCCCUACUUCGAGAAGUGAGCCGCCGAGGGGCCUUCCGACACCGGCCACCGCCCGAGGCCGCCGCCGCAGCCCCCUCCCCCGGCGCCCGGGCCAGUGACAUGUCCUUCCGUAAAGUGGUUCGGCAGAGCAAAUUCCGGCAUGUGUUCGGGCAGCCGGUCAAGAAUGAUCAAUGUUAUGAAGACAUCCGAGUGUCCCGUGUUACCUGGGACAGCACCUUCUGUGCGGUCAACCCCAAGUUCCUGGCUGUGAUCGUGGAGGCCAGCGGUGGAGGCGCCUUUCUGGUUCUCCCCCUAAGCAAGACAGGCCGCAUUGACAAGGCCUACCCGACAGUGUGUGGGCACACGGGACCUGUCCUGGACAUUGACUGGUGUCCCCACAAUGACGAAGUCAUCGCCAGUGGCUCGGAGGACUGCACAGUUAUGGUAUGGCAGAUCCCCGAGAACGGGCUGACCUCCCCGCUGACGGAGCCAGUAGUGGUGCUAGAGGGGCACACCAAGCGUGUGGGCAUUGUCACCUGGCACCCCACAGCCCGAAAUGUGCUGCUCAGUGCAGGUUGUGACAAUGUGGUGCUCAUCUGGAACGUGGGGACCGCAGAGGAGCUGUACCGCCUGGACAGCUUGCACCCCGACCUCAUCUACAACGUCAGCUGGAACCGCAACGGCAGCCUCUUCUGCUCCGCGUGCAAAGACAAGAGCGUGCGCAUCAUCGACCCCCGCCGGGGCACCUUGGUGGCUGAGAUCGAGAAGGCGCACGAAGGGGCCCGGCCCAUGCGUGCCAUCUUCCUAGCGGAUGGCAAGGUGUUCACCACAGGCUUCAGCCGUAUGAGCGAGCGGCAGCUGGCGCUCUGGGACCCAGAAAACCUCCAGGAGCCCAUGGCCCUGCAGGAGCUGGACUCGAGCAACGGGGCCCUGCUGCCCUUCUAUGACCCUGACACCAACGUGGUCUACGUCUGUGGCAAGGGUGACUCCAGCAUCCGGUACUUUGAGAUCACCGACGAGUCCCCUUUCAUUCACUUCCUGAACACCUUCACCAGCAAGGAGCCCCAGAGGGGCAUGGGCAGCAUGCCCAAGAGGGGCUUGGAGGUCAGCAAGUGUGAGAUCGCCCGGUUCUACAAACUACAUGAGCGCAAGUGUGAGCCCAUUGUUAUGACUGUGCCAAGAAAGUCCGACCUCUUCCAGGAUGAUCUGUACCCCAACACCGCUGGGCCUGAGGCGGCCCUGGAGGCAGAGGAGUGGGUGAGCGGACGGGACGCGGACCCCAUCCUCAUCUCGCUGCGGGAGGCUUACGUGCCCAGCAAGCAGCGCGACCUGAAGGUCAGCCGGCGCAACGUGCUGUCCGACAGCCGGCCCAGCAGCGCCCCCCGCCCCGGGGCGUCCCCCGCCACGGCUGACGUCGCCCCCAGCGGCAGCCUCGCGGGCUCCGGGGAGGCCGCGAAGCUGGAGGAAGUGAUGCAGGAGCUGCGGAGGCUGCGCGCGCUGGUCAAGGAGCAGGGAGAGCGCAUCGGCCGCCUGGAGGAGCAGCUCGGCCGCCUGGAGAACGGGGACGCCUAGGACCGCCGCCCGCCCGCCCCCCGCCCGCCCCCCCCCCCCCCCCGCGCCCACACACCUCCCGCAGCCCCUCCUCACUCCACCUCUGCUGGCAGGUCUCACCAGACUGUGGGCUGCCCUGGCAGAGACCCCGGGCCGGGCACGGGUCGCUGUGCGCCGCACCCCUGCCCGGUGCCCCGUGGGCCGCCGUCGCCUAGCUUUCGUCAUUCACUCACGCGGGGGGAUCUUUGUAUUCGUGCGAGCUUGCCUGUGUUCCGAGGGACCACGACUCUGACCUGCCCAGCCCGCUGCCCCUUCCCCAGAGAAAAUGGCAAGGAUGGGAUCUAUAUUUUCAUUCCAAAUAAAAUUCUCUUUCUAAGA